GAGAAGAGACAGUACCUACUUACAUACGUGUUGAGAAAGAUUAUUUUCAAGUUAUUUGCUGUGUAUUUACAGAUUUUACAAUUUUAAGUGUGAUAUUUAAUGGAUUAUUGUGUUAACCAAAGCAAGUGAAGUAAAGGAGUCGAAAUGAUUAUAGAAAAUCCAGACGCUUUCAAGUCUUGGUUGACGUCCAUAUUGGAACCACUAUGCGACGCCGACCCAGCCGCCCUCGCCAAAUACGUGUAUGCACUGGUGAAGAAGGACAAACCGCUGGACGAGCUGAGAGAUGGCAUGGUCGACCAGCUUGAUGUGUUCCUGCAGCAGGAAACAAAACCCUUUGUGGAAAUGCUGUUCAAAUCUCUGGAGAGCAAUGAUUACCUGAAGUUUAGCGAGAAGCUGCCAUCGCCGGCGCCUGCGCACGAAGCGGGACAGACCGAAGACAAAAUAGAGGGGGCCGACACUGAAAAUCAACCGCCGGUGAACGGCGUGGUCGCGGAGCCGCGUCCGCUGGGCGGGGCGCCGCGGCCGCGCUCCCCCGCGGCGGGCGGCGCCCCGCGGCACCGCGUGGUGGUGUCCCGCGGGGAACUCAGCGCCAGCAGGGCUCCGCCCAUUGAGCACACGCUCGUCAAGGUGUUACCGCUUACCGAACUUCUAGAAGAACCAGUGGACCAACCGCCCAGAAGACGAGACAGGCGGGGUGAUGGCGCGCGCGAGCGCGAGGAGCGGCGCCGGCGCCGGUCGCGCUCGGGCGAGCGGCGCGCGCGGCUGCGGCGGCACCACGACGCCGUGCGUCGCCGUCCCAUGUCGAGAUCCCCGUCGCCGCGAGGCCGCUACCGCAACAGGAGUCCCCCGGCGGCGGACAGGCCCGCCACCAGGUCCAGAUCCCGAUCUCCGGUUCCGGUGCGAGACAGGGAGCACGAGAGAGACAGAGACAGGUUGAGGUUGGCGCGCGAGGCCGACCGCGACCGCAUGUCGCGCGACCGCGACCACAGGGACAGAGUCACCCUCUCUAGGGACAGGGAGAGAUCCCGCGACAGAUCGCGUUCCCUAUCGCCUAUGCCUGACAGCAGAAUAGACCACGAGGCUGCUUUCAAGAGGCGUUGUCGAGAUUUCGAUGAGAAAGGCUACUGCAUGCGAGGCGACCUCUGCCAGUGGGACCACGGGACUGAUCCCGUGGUCCUCGAGGACGCCGCCCUCAGCCGCGUGCUGGCCGCGCCGCCGCCCGUGCCCGAAUACAAUCCGUUGACGCCGGACAUUUGGGGCGGCGCGGCGUUCCCGUUCGCGCCGCCGCUGCAGCCGCACAUGCACCCGCCCAGGGAGCUCAUACCGAUACCCAGGGAGCGCCCCGAGCCGCCGGCGCACGCGCACGCGCCGCGGCAUCCUCCGCCGAAGAAGAACUUCGAUUACAAUAGGAUAGGAGCGCCGAGACCCCCGCUGCCGGCGAGCGCCGCCAACUGUUCCCUGGAGGUGAAGAAGGUGCCCAGGGGUAUGAACGACAUCACGCAUCUGAACAAUCACUUCAGCAAGUUCGGCAAGAUUGUCAAUAUACAGGUGUGCUUCGAGGGAGAUCCCGAAGCGGCCCUGAUCACGUUCUCAAACCCUACCGAGGCGAACAUAGCUUACAAGAGCACGGAGGCUGUUCUCAACAACAGGUUCAUCAAAGUGUUCUGGCAUAACCCCGAGAACAAACAAGAGUCGGCCCACAUCAAACCGCAGAACGAGAGAAAUGGCCAACAUCCGAUGUCGUUCAACAAAGUUCUUAUAAACCGAACGGACAACUCCAAGGUUGCUGAGAAACCAAAUGAAAAGCAACAACAGCCGCAAGCGACCAAAGAGACAGCCAACGGUCAGGAACCCAAGAAGGAGACGACAAAACCGCUGGAGAAGUUCAAAAUGAUAACGGAAAUGUACAAGAGGGCGCGCGCGCUGUUAGAUACUCAGCUGCAACAGCAGAAAUUGUUAAUUGACAAACUUGAGGGCGGCAACGUUACGCCCCAACAAAAGUCUGCCUUGCUAGAAGCUAUCAACUCUUCCCAGGAGGGCAUCGAGAAACUGAACAAGGAGGUCAAGGCGUAUAGCAAAACAUUGACACAGUUACAGGGAGAGACGGUGGCGCGCAAUAUGUCUCGGUUACAGCUGGAACAGACGAAAAAACCCAAAACUCGAAUGGAGGCCGAGAAGGAGAUCCUCGAUGCUGAACUGGAUCUGUUCACGAAACAGCAGGAAGGCCAAGACGUGACAGAACUGCUGAAGAAGAUUGCCGAGCUUAGAAGGCAGAUGGCUGUUAACUUCCCGACCUUGCCGCUGAGCAGAAAAACUUACUCCAGGGGCGGCCGUUUCAACCCGAACACGUACGUCAGACCGUCGCUGCAGCAGAAGCAGUUCGUGCCCAGCAUGAACCAGUCGGUGGACAGGCGGCCGCGGGCGCUGCUCGUCUCCGGGUUCGAGGCCGACGAGCUGGACGCGCUGGUGAACCACUUCUCUCAAUUCGGCACGAUCACCCACAAGGAUGUCAACCUGUCAGUGCCCGAGCUGACAGUGAUCUACGACACCCGCGCCCACGCCGAGCACGCGGCCGUCGCCGGGAAACAUUACAACGACAGGACUCUGUCUAUAACGUGGGUAUUGAACGCCAAACUGCCGGCGCCCGCGGCGGAUCGCCCGCAGAACACCAACGGUGAUACCACCACUAAAGAGACUAAGGAGGUUGAGCAAACCCAAGCGGGAUCAGAAGACGCUCUCCUCCGCUUCGACGAGGAAGAAGACGAAGACGCGGAGGACCGCUCGUGGCGGCGUUGACCCGCGGCCCGCCCGCCCGCCGCCCGCCCGCAGCGCAGGCUGCGCGGCUAGCGCGAGGCUGUUGUUGUGGAUGGAAGCGGGAAAAAGAAAAAAGAAAAAAAAAAGUGUGGAAUCGAGAACUUGUCUGUCAAAAAAAAUGUGGAUUCGAGAACUUUGAUUUGGGGAAAUGUGUGUGGGGAAAUUUUUUUUUUUUUUUGUUGUGCUUUGAGAAUAAACUUUUAGUUUGGUGGAAAAUGUGGAAAUUGAAAGUGUUGCGUUUUGUUGUUAGGUUUGUCGGAAAUGUGGGAUGACUUUUUUGGAGAAAUUCUGUCGAAACUUUUAUGUUCUAUAAAAUGAAAUAGGGAGGAAUUGUUUAUCUUAAAUUGUCAAGUGUGUGGUAGGGAGAAAUCCAAAAAAAUUUUACUUAAAGAUUUUUUAUUUCACGAUGUAACAGACAUUAAUUUUUUACUGUUGCAUUUUCAGAACUAUAUUUCCGGGACAAGUCCUUUGCCGCAUUUUAUCGUUAAGAAGAUUAUAUUUGCUUUUAUUAUUUUCACGAAAAGAUGAUGCAUUCAUGCGUCCCGGUUUAUAUUCUAAAAAAAUUGUCAGGUAUGAUACAUUGAGCAAAAAAUACCUAUAUAGAGUUUCCGGAAAUAAUCUAUCAGGUAGAACUUCUUUGGUAGGUUGACAGUGCGACAAAAACGAUCGGAUUUUAUGUGUUGUUUUAAUAAAAUAUGUUUUUUUUUUCGACAAUUAAAACUAUAAAAAAUGCACGCAAAAUUUACGCUAAUUUGGCGGGCCCUUGUAUAACUUAAAUGUUACUUCAAAUAUAAAAAAAAGGAAAUGUGUUUUGAAUUUGUCAAUAUAAAAGCAUUCCCGUCAACACCAUCAAAUUGACAUUUCUACUAACCAUAAAUAAAAUUUCUUUAAGCGUAAAUUAUCUCAAAUGCGAAAUAUAUCACGAAACAGACUAAAUUAAAAAAAUAAAAAUCCAUAGAUUCACUUUGAAAUUGCCGCGUAAAACAUUUAUGCUUUUAGUCAUACAAUAACGACGUAUAAAAGUUCCUAGACCAUAGAUUCUUAUGAAAUUAGAUAUAGAAAUGAACAUAUAGCAAUAUAUAUAUAUCUAUAUAUACAUUUUUUGUGAAACGACCACUAUAUUAAGCUCGUAAUGUUGCGUAUAUAUAUAUAUAUUAAAUUCCGUUACACAAACGUUCACUUGCCAGUUUCUGAAUGGCGAGGCUAUUGUUUAGCGUAAACCGCAUCUUAAUCGGUCCGUCUUUUUACAAGCUACCGUAUCUUCGGACUCGUGCAUAGAUUUAAAUCUUCAACGAAAGCAGUAUGCAGGUAUCGUGGCAAUGUAGUAGUUUCUGUCUACCCCUUCAUGUAAGAGGUUUGGAUAUAUAACUAUAAAAAAAAAGUACAAAUGCAGCCUUAUCAUAACAAAAACAUUGAAUUAAUAUCUUAACUACAGACGAUUCUGGCAAGUGGCUAUUUUGAAUAUUAUUUAAUUAUUAGAGAAUUCUAGAAAUUUGUUCGUUAAAUGUGUAAUUUCGGAGGAUAUACAAUUUUUCAUAUCCCAAGUGUCAUACGAUGGACGAAAGUAGUAAGACGAAAAGAAACACCAAUUUUUUAAAAUCGGGAUUGUUAACAUAUCGUGUUGCAAAAUUAAAAAAUUGUUAAAUAAUGAAAAGUGUUGCAAAAUUGUUAAACUCAACGACUCUUGAGCCGACUUCCUCGCUCUCUUUCUCCCUUCUAUGUCUCACUUCCUCUCCCACCGAAGUACGAAAUGAAAGUUCCGACAGACAUUUUUAAGAAAAACAGAAAUCAGUGUUAACCUUUCACUAUUUAUUUCCAAGUUUGACAGCUCAUUAUGUGUUUCUAAUCGGUUCACGUCUGUCUGUUUUCUAAUAACAUCAAAUAGAAAUUAAGGAUAACCAUAAAAUUUUUAUCUCUUCCCAAAUUGCCUACAAGAAAAGACGGUUAAUUUUAUAAGCAACUAAUCAGUAACACGCUUUGUCAAACAAUGAUAGCAAAUAACUCCAUAACAGGUUUUGUCUCAAAUUCUAAAUUGACGUUAUAUAGGCGCAAAAAAUGCCAAUCAGGGUAAAAAAAAUUAAACUUAAAAUAAUAGAUUUACUGAAAGUUUUCUAUAUUACUUACAAAGUGGAUUAUGAUAUCUGAAUAAUAAAAAAAUGAACAUGAAAUGAAAUUAAAGUUCUUUAGUGCACUUUUUUCCUUUCACUCUCAAUCUCUAUCCACUCUUCUCUCUUUUCCGCUCACUCUAUCUCUCCCAUCGAAACGGUUAACCCUUUUCAAUUUACCAUCACUACAUAUUAUAAAGUCCCUCUUUAUUUCUCUGUUUCUAUAUAUGCACUUGUCUCGGAAAGUUGUCGAGACGGAUUUUGUUCUCUGAGGAAGGUUUAAUAUCUAUAAAAGAUACAAGUGCAAAUCCUGGGUGCGUAGCUAGUCAAAAUAUAUUUUGCAACAUGAACAGUCGGUCCCGACAAGUCACAACCUUAAUAAUGGCAAUAAUAGUAAUAAUUUUCUAUGGUCUAUAUUUAAGAUAGAUUAGAUGUUAAAUCAGAUAAGAUUUCUCAUUGUUUCCUCUACAAGAUUCCGCUCGCUGCUUUUCGUUCGUUUAAAUUUUGACCUAUGUGUUAUUCUGAUGAAAAGCUAUGUUAUUGUGAAGAUUCAUUUUCAUCUAAAUAAGUUCAGUAGGUCUUGUUGCGAAAAUAACAUAAACAAUGUCAUUCUAGCUUUUUAUCAUUUAUUUCGGAGCGUCAGUUUUUGUCUUGCUCUUUGCAAAAAGAUACAAUUUUUUUUCUUUUUUGGAAAUUUUAAACUAUUGGUAACUCUAGUUGCCAAUGAGGAAUGUAGGAUGAUCUUUCCUCGUAACCGGUCACGUACGAAGAAUAAUACCUUUGUAACAAAAGUUUUUAGUUAUACUGUAGAAUUACUGUAUUAAAUUCACCUGUAUAUAAUUUUGAGAACAUAAAUAAAUAAAUAAAAUGAAUCGUUCCGAUUAUAUAUUUGCGAUACUUUCUAUAUUUUCUGGAAUCAAUACUAAUGAUAUUCUUAUCAUAUGAGAAUUGCAUCAAUAUAAUUGACAACGAGUAAUAUUAAAUAAAAAGUUGAUGCUGUAAAGUACAAUAUUACUGAUAUUUAAAUAUCUUUAAAAUCGUUUUAGCAGUAUCGACUAAACCAAUAAAUUCCCGUUGGAACAAGAUUUAUACAAGAAACAUAUUUAACUCUCCCCUACACUUCAAAAUUUCCAAAUUACAUGUUUCCUACGUCCAGUAUUUUUGGCUGGUAUAUCAUUAGAUUGGUCAGUAUUUAACGCAAGAUUUUUCAAAUCAAAUCAUCUUUAUUGUGAUUAAUAUUCAAAUUGUGACAGGUUACUAGCUUAUCGCCUAAAUGCAGAAUCCCCAGCUUACAAGCCAAUCCCUUAGUCGCUUUUCACGACAUCCAUGAAAACGGACAUCCAGGAACCACACGGUACUUCACACCAAUACUUCCUCUUUUGUAACUACGACAUGCCCGCAUGUCAUGCGAUAUUCACGAGAGUCAUUCAAUAAUAAAUUGAAAUAACAUGAGUAGGUACGUACAGUUUUUUUUUAUUUUUGCGUGUAAAUAAUGCUAAGGUAGCUUCAGUUUUAGUCAAACGUGUGUAGAAAUAGUAUAAAUAAGGCGUAAAACGGAGUUAAUUUUCUCGGUCGAUAAUUGAAAUGAGGGUAUUUUUAAAUUAGUUUUUUUUUUUUGUUUUCUGACUUAGUUGAUUUAUUUUGUUCAAACUUUUUAAAAGUACAAUGUCGGAUUUAAUUCUGAAAGCAUUAUCUAACUCUUGUGAAGAAGCUAAAAAAUAGAUGAAACAUUUAAAGGAAUGCCAUGUCUAUGUUUGUCAGUUUGUAACAGAACGUGCACAAUAUAACUAUAACGACGCUGUUAUUUUUAUUAAUUUAUUAUUAUACAUAACAGAAUACAACAAAGCAAAUAUAAUUUAAAAAAGAUUUUUUUUAAUAGAAUCACAUCUGGGUCGUAUUCCACAAGAAAAACGGGAUUCACAUUAGUUGCAUACAUUAAAAUAUUAAACCAUAAAAUUAACACUUAUACAAGCCUAUUGAGGAUAUUUAAAUAUUUAAGAUUUUAGUAUGUGAAUAAGGAUAUAUGUAGUAAUAUAGUGGAAAAUGAGGUAGAGGAAGACGGAGAGUGAAAUAUUUUAAUCUAAUAAAGCGAAAAGUAAACUUUACAACAUACCAACAAAUAAAAAAAAAAAUAGCAGAGAAAAGUGAUGAAUGUAGGAAUCUCCACUUAACUCCACCGACAAGAGUUAUCUCUUUAAGUUGAUGAAAAAGAAUUUAGUGCAAGCUGCGCUUUCCAAACUCAGGUAAAGCAAAAAUUGUGUUCCGCCAACAUACAUUUUACAUACAAUUAAUUUUAAACAAGGCUAUGCGGCAAUUUUUUUUGUCGAUUAUAUGUCUCUGUUGUAUUUUUUUAUUCUACUCUUUCCUAGAUAUUUUUCAUCAUUAUUAUCAUAUAUACCGUCAUUUAUCAUUAUCCUCAUUAGGGAAAAUCAGAAUAUCUUUGAAAUAGCAAAAAAAAAUAUCUAGGAAAGAGUAGAAAAAAAAGACAUUCAACUGAGACUUAUAACAUCGCCAAAAUAUUAUAUAUUUAAACUUUGCUAAACAGGGUAUCUCUCAAUUCUUUGAAUUAUCGACCGAGUCAUAGAAAAAGUGCUUCUCUUAAAGAGUUUUUAUGUUUUAAAAUGCGGUUGUAUUUGAAUUCUUAAAUAAAGCGUUUAUUCGCUACCUACUUACAAGUUUUUAUACAAUAACUGAAUUUUAUGCGCACGAGUAUUUUUAAUAUUAUCCAUUUGCAUUAUGCAUAUUAGUGACAGAGACAACACGAUAUUUUAGGUUUCGCUUUUAAAAUCAUCAUUUAACGAUAAAUUUUGAAGAAUUUUGUCCUAAGUCAAAUCCGUUAGAGUGAAUGAGAUAUCUUUAAUUGGUUUAGAACCUAAUCGUAGUCGUAACAUUUAAAAUAAAAGUCUUAAUUAUAAAGAUUUUGCCAUAAUAAAGUCCGAGUUAUCUUGUUAUUUAAAAUGUAUUAGAUUUUCUUUACCGAUUAUACAAAAAUAAUAUAUUUUUUACUAAUGAUUUUGCACUUAUACCAAAAAUUCGCUUAAACUAACUCCGUUAUCCUUUUAAAUCCUCGGAAAAAGGAACCGCUAGCAUCAUCAUCUCGCUCACACUCGUGUAAAUCGUUAUAAAGUAGAGUGAGAUGGUAGAUGGGCUGAGGAUCGAGUCACAUUAAAUAUAAAUUUGGUCACUAAUUUUACGGUAAAUUUUAUAUAUUUUUUUUUUAUUUCCUAUGCCCUUAUAGAUUUAUAAGAUAACGAGAAAUUGUAAUUGAAUAGACUGCCACAUACUAUAUCUUAUACACAUAUAGCAUAGGCCUUUGUAGGUGUAGCCAUUUAAAAAUUUGACUUACGUAUCCGUACUAAGGUUUGAAGCGAAUUAAUCGAUAGAACUACCGCUUUAUAUACUAAUAUUUAACUUAAUAAUUGUUGAUUCUUAUUACAAAUUACAUUAAAAUGUUCUUAUCAAGUAAUGGUUGCAUAUUGCAAAAUAUAACGUGAAAAAUUUAAAAAGAAGCGUCUCGAAAGGAUUGGCCAAUCAGGUUGCGCGUUUUCAAAGAACUCGUCGUGAUUGGUUGUAAUAGUGCACAAAAUUAUAUUAAAACAAUUCAAUAUUGUCAAAUAUCAAAAGUUAUUUUAAAUUAUCAUUUUGUUUAUGACUUGGACAUGUUUUUAGUGAUUCGAAAAAAAAAUGCUAGCUCGGUGUGCACAUGUGAAUGGUAUAGUCAAAGAGAUAUAGCGUUUUAAUUGUAAUAUUAUCGUAAUAUUCCUUCGUUUGUUUGUAUAUACCUUCAGAAAAUUAACUUUAAUUUAGAAUUAUGUGAUCUUAAUUAUUUUGGAUGGAAUUGUAUUUUAAAAAGAAGUUUUUCGUUCAAUACAUACUUAAUUAAAAUCCAAAAUAGUUGGGACUGUUUUUUGUCCUUUUGUUUUAUUGAUAUAUUUGUACAUUAUUAUUAUUAAUUAGUCUUAAUUUUAGUAUAAUGUGUUACUGACUUAGUUGUUAAUCUUGUAAAAAGGAUGAAUAAAUAAAAAAAUAUAUACGCGCCGAAAAAAAAAAGUUCAACUACAAGAUGGCGCGAGAAAAGAUAUUUUUAAAAGUCAGUGCAUAUUUUUAAGGCGGUUGUUUAGCACUAAAGAUUUUGUAACACAAGAAAAAAACGACUUGUGGCUUUGAGUUUUUUGUUUUUGUAAAAAAAUGCUGUUAAAAAAAAUUGCAACCGCCAAA